AGAUUUAGAGAAAACCUUAAAAAAGAGAAAAAAAGUUAAGAGAGGUUGAAGAUGAAUAAGGUGCAUGGUCUGUUUUUGGUGGCUAUUUUCAUUCUUGCUUCUACAAAGCUGGUUAUGGGUCAAUCUUCGCAAAAUUGCCAAACGAAAUGCGGCAACGUCUCAAUCGAGUACCCUUUUGGCACUUCUCCAGGUUGUUACUACGCUGGAGAUCCUAGUUUCAAUAUCACAUGUAACCCUUCAAAUAAGCUGAUCUUUGGCGGCAACGAAGUGAUCAACAUCUCACACAGCGGCGAGCUACGCGUCUUGAAUACAAGAUCCUAUGUUUGCUACGACAGGCAAGGAAACGAGACUGGCCGCAUUAACCGGUGGUCUAGUCUUGGUAACUUAACAUUCUCAGACAAGAACAGGUUUGUUGCGGUAGGCUGUAACACUUACGCAUUUCUGAACACUGACGGUGUUGGAAAUUACUCAACUGGAUGCAUGUCAACAUGUACUUCUCCAAGGGAGACAAAUGGAUCAUGCACUGGUGGAGGUUGCUGCCAGACCUCUCUCCCUAGAGGGAGCCACUACUUCAUGGUCUCUCCGUAUAGCUUUUCCAACCAUACUUCUGUUUAUAGCUUCAACCCUUGCAGCUACGCCUUUCUAGUCGAAAAUGGUAAGUAUAACUUCAGAUCUUCAGAAGAUCUUAUGAAUCUGAGGAAUAUCGAGAGGUUUCCUGUGGUGCUUGAUUGGUCUAUUGGUCAAGAUUCAUGCGAGUACGUUGGAAGGGGGAACAUAUGUCGUGGGAACAGCAUGUGUUCCAAUUCUGUCCGCGGAACCGGAUAUAUCUGCAGAUGUAAGGAAGGGUUUGAUGGGAAUCCAUAUCUUUCAAACGAAAAUGGUUGUCAAGACAUAGACGAGUGCACUACUAGUAGACAUAACUGUUCAGCUUCCAGCAUCUGUGAAAACACCAUGGGACACUUCCUUUGUAAUUGCCCAUCUGGUUACAACUUAAAUGCCACCAAUAAUAGCUGCAUGCGUAAAGGCAGGCCUGAAUACUAUGGAUGGACUCAAAUUUUUCUUGGAACAACCAUCGGCUUCUUGGCCAUCCUACUUGUCAUUAGCUGUGUACAACGGAAAAUGAAGCACAGGAAAAGCACCGAGCUCCGAAAACACUUCUUCGAGCUAAACGGUGGCGGCAUGUUGAGACAGCGACUCUCGGGAGCAGGGACAUCAAAUGUUGAUGUCAAAAUCUUUACUGAGGAAGGCAUGAAGGAAGCAACUAAUGGUUAUGACGAAAGUAGAAUCCUGGGCCAGGGAGGCCAGGGAACAGUCUACAAAGGGAUAUUACCGGAUAAGUCCGUAGUUGCUAUAAAGAAAGCUAGGCUUGGAGAUUGUAGCCAAGUAGAGCAGUUCAUUAACGAAGUUCUUGUGCUUUCACAGAUCAACCAUAGAAACGUGGUCAGGCUCUUGGGCUGCUGUCUAGAGACUGAAGUUCCCUUGCUGGUCUACGAGUUCAUUAACAGUGGCACCCUUUACGACUGCUUGCACGGUUCCAUGUCUGAUUCUUCUCUGACAUGGGAACACCGCUUGAGGAUUGCCGUAGAAAUUGCUGAAACUCUAGCAUAUCUUCACUCAUCUGCUUCUAUCCCAAUCAUCCACCGAGAUGUCAAGACUGCUAAUAUACUCUUGGAUGAAAACUUAACUGCAAAGGUAGCUGACUUUGGUGCUUCAAGGCUGAUACCGAUGGAUAAAGAGCAGCUCACAACUAUGGUUCAAGGAACUCUAGGUUACUUAGACCCAGAAUACUACAACACAGGGUUGCUAAACGAGAAGAGUGAUGUCUAUAGCUUUGGGGUAGUCCUGAUGGAACUUCUCUCAGGACAAAAGGCACUGUGCUUCGAAAAACCACAACAGUCAAAACAUCUUGUGAAUUACUUUGCUUCUGCCAUGAAAGAAAAUAGGUUGCACGGAGUCAUUGACGGACAAGUGAUGAACGAGUCUAACCAGAGGGAGAUACAUGAAGCUUCAAGAAUUGCUGCUGAGUGUACGAGACUGAUGGGAGAGGAGAGGCCAAGGAUGAAAGAAGUAGCUGUACAGCUUGAGGCCUUGAGAGUCACAAAAACAAAACAGCAGUGGUCGGAUCAGUAUAAUGAGCCAGAGGUGAAUGAGCACUUGGUCGGUGUUGAAAUCUUAUCAGCACAAGGGGAUGCGAGUACCACUGGCUAUGACAGCAUCAAGAAUGUAACAAGAUUACACAUUGAAGCUGGCCGUUGAUUAGACUGUAGGCGACAUUCCAUUGGAUCAUGAUCAUGUUUCUUUUCUCUUACUUUUCAUCCUAGCCCUCUCUUGUCCUCAACACAACUUAUUUAAGGUUUUAGCAACACACUAACCUCUUCACACACACACGAUGUGUUUUGACACCUAAAUGAGAGUUUUCUUUUACACCUCCACAGGGUCUAAACUACUGUGGGAUUUGAUUUGGACUUGAAGCAUUCAGAGAUCGAUUGAACAAUGGAACUGUUGAUCUCGGUUUGACCAUUCAGGUAAUGUAAACAGUCUCAAAAACCAGAAGAGCUGCCAGAAGAAGUUGUCUGAGGCUGAGCAAGAUUGGCCUUUGUUGUAGCUUGCAUUCUGUUCAAUGAUAUUGUCUUCUUGUAUGUUAUUUUGGCUCUCUACUACAUUUUCUGUAAAGGUUCAAUUAUAACUCAUUCCAAAGAUCCAAGUCAAUAGAUUCGCUGUUUAUAUA